UGAAUGAACAGCAGGUCUUCCUGCCAAUGAAUUGUUUUUGUACUUGUUCUGUUCCGCCUGUUCCUUGUAAUGACAGAAGGAAUUCUGUGGCCACGCCUCUGUUUUAGGAUGUGACUACAGACGACUAAGCGCAAACAUUGUCUACAGGAAAAUAACGAAUAACUAAGAUUCCACCUAAUUCCUGACUGUUUAUUUGGACCCAGAUUUUUUGUUUGAGCUUCAUCACAGCACCAUGUGGACAGCACCUGUUACGAUUGUCUUCUUCUCGCUGCUAAAAGUGUUGAUGUGUAUUGAGGUGAAGGUCCCACAGCAAACCUACACCAUUGUGCCAUUGUCCUCUGUGACCCUCCGAUGUGAUUACACCACAUCCGCUAAUAUUAACGAUGUUAUCGUUACCUGGAGGUACAAAUCCUUCUGCAAGCCUACUGUUCUGGAGAAUAACUUAAUAUUGGAGGAGAUAGGCUUAUAUCUUGGAGAGGACCGAUUCAAUGACUGUCCAGACAGUGAGAGGACAGUGCACCCUGUCAUCCAAAAGAUUGGAAGGAAUAAGCCUGUGCUGGGUAAAAACUACUUUGGCCGCAAGUUUACCAUUGAAAACAAGGCAGACUUGGUGAUGAGUGAGGUCAAGCUGUUGGAUGCUGGAGUGUACUUCUGCUCUGUGGAUGCAGCUGGAGAUUUCACCGGAGACAACGACAAAAAAGUCAAACUCUUCGUCAAACCUGAGGAACAAAGUGCAACCACAGAAAAACUACAGAUAAGACAACUAUAAUUAUACGUACUACAGUGAAUUACAGACUACUGCUUAGACAAAGCGACCAAUUUAAAGGUGUCUGUCAUGGAUGACUUUUGCUUAUUUUCUGAUCGAUUCUGGACUAAAUAAAUGAUCCUACUGUUAAUCACUGAAAAAAAAAAUUAAAAAGGGAAUUUCAAA